AUGUGGGUAGCCUCUGUUGACCAAAUGAUGCCGAAACGACUGACGUCCGAACCAGCUCCUGGAAGCUUAUCGCAGCUGCGCUUGCAGACCAAGACGACAUCGAAGUUCGAAACGAGGACAGCCGCCAUUCACGUUACGCCCCAACCGAACCAGAAAUUCGACAUCAAAGUUAUCAAGGAGGAUGCGCAGUGGCUAAGCAGGAAUGCCAAGGUCAACCUCAUUACCGCGCUUCGAGCAACAGUGGUCGAGUUCCAGUCGCGGCCAGCAAGCCACCUGACAAGCACUCUUUCCUCCCAGGACAUAGUCAACCUGCAAGAAGCUUCGGGCGUCGCGAGCAUGCAAUCAUCCGCCCUAGUCCCAAUUGCCGGUGCCGCGCAGGAUGCAGAGACGAUUUGGGCUGACUUCGAGAAAGAAGAGUCAAGGCGACAACGCAUCUUCCAGACGUACCUUGCAGAAAGACGACAUUUCUUGAUGACUGCUGCGUUGGUGCAAGAGAAUGUCCUAUACACGCAGCCUUCGGCGUCAGUUCUAACAACAGCAGGCGAGCCGUCAACGCAAACACAUUUGAUCCCAGCCAACGAUCGCCCGAAAUACCUCGACGAUCUCCUGACGACAUACCUGCAGUACGUCACUGAUGCUAUCGGCCGGCUUGCCGAGGGUCUUGAAGCAGUUGUCGAGGACAAGGGCUUGCUUGGGGAGGAACUUGAGUUGGAAUGGAUGAGAACGGCCCUGACUGAAGUGGUCCAUGCCCUGACGGUCGUCUUCCAGUCCAUUUACGGCAAUGGCGAUUCGUUCGUGCCUUCUGCUGUGGUCGGCCAGUGGUUUGGUCUCAUGGAUAAUUAUGGGUUUCUGAAUGGAAUAACUGCGGUGAGUUGA